AUUGACAGAAUAGGGAUGCAUUUUUUAAUUCAGAGUCAAAGUUCUUUUAUCUGUUUUCUGUGCCUUUUCAAGGAAUGUAGCAAAAAAACAAAAACCGACGACCAAGAGAAUGCCUCGGCCGAUGCCCCGAGUCCGGCCCAGGAGAACGGAGAGAAGGGAGAGUUCCAUAAGUUGGCCGAUGCCAAGAUAUUUCUGAGUGACUGCCUGGCGUGUGACAGCUGUGUGACCGCAGAGGAAGGAGUCCAAGUUUCCCAGCAGAACGCCAAGGACUUCUUCCGUGUUCUGAACCUUAACAAGAAAUGUGAUGCCUCACAGCAUAAGGUGCUGGCAGUGUCCGUGUGUCCUCAGUCUCUGCCCUAUUUUGCUGCUAAAUUCAGCCUCAGUGUCACUGAUGCAUCCAGAAGGCUCUGCGGCUUCCUCAAAAGCCUUGGGGUGCACUAUGUCUUUGACAUGACGAUAGCCGCGGACUUCAGCAUCCUGGAGAGUCAGAAGGAGUUUGUGCGUCGGUACCGCCAGCACCGCGAGGAGGAGCCCCGGCUCCCCAUGCUGACCUCCGCCUGCCCCGGCUGGGUCCGAUAUGCGGAGCGCGUGCUGGGUCACCCCAUCACGCCCCACCUCUGCACGGCCAAGUCUCCCCAGCAGAUCAUGGGCUCUCUGGUGAAGGAUUACUUCGCCAGACGGCAGAACCUGUCCCCAGACAAGAUUUUCCACGUCAUUGUGGCCCCGUGUUAUGACAAGAAACUGGAGGCCCUCCGAGAAGAUGUUCCCACAGCGUUGCAUAGUUCCCGGGGUGCUGACUGCGUGUUAACCUCAGGUGAAAUUGUCCAGCUCAUGGAGCAGAGUGACCUGUCCGCGGACGACGCCCUCGUGGAUACUCUGUUUGGAGACGUGAAGGAGGAGGAGGUGAGGCGCCACGAGGGUGCCAGCUCCGACGGGUACCUGGCGCACAUCUUCAGGCACGCGGCCAAGGAGCUGUUCAACGAGGAUGUGGGGGCGCUCACCUACCGCAGCCUGAGGAACAAAGACUUCCAGGAGGUCACCCUGGAAAGGGACGGAGAGGUGCUGCUGCGCUUUGCGGCUGCGUACGGCUUUCGGAACAUCCAGAACGUGGUCCUGAAGCUGAAGAGGGGCAAGUUCCCCUACCACUUCGUGGAGGUCCUGGCCUGUGCUGGGGGAUGCCUAAGCGGCAGGGGCCAGGCCCAGGCAGAGGACGGGCGUGCGGACAGGGCGCUGCUGCGGCAGAUGGAAGGCAUCUACGCUGCCAUCCCGGUGCGGCCCCCAGAGACCAGCGCCCACGUGCAGGAGCUGUACCAGGAGUGGCUGGGGGGGGGCGACUCCCCCCGGGCCCAGGCGGCCCUGCACACUGCCUACCAGGGCCCAGGGCAGUCUGCCAGCAGCCGGGACAUCAAGUGGUAAAGGUCCAGCAGGCACCCGGCCUGCAGGCGCCUGAGGAGGGGUGUCAGACGCGUGAAGGAAAGGCUUAGUGUCUCUGUCAUCCUUUGGUUUUCAGAACCCCCUGCUCCCAUCUGUCAGCUCCCUCCCUCUGAGAGGCGCUGUCAUCGUCAUACGUGUGCAACUGGAAUAUUGUAUCUCGAGAAGGAUUGCCCCAAUGUAUGUAUCCUUUUAUCCAACGAUGAAAAAAUCCCAAAGAACAAGAAUGGAGAUAGACUACUGUCCUUUAGGCUUAAAAAACCCCGCAAGUGUCCUGCGAAGAGCUGAGACUUGGUUCUGUCCACACGCCUCAGAGAGAUUGGAUGAGGAAAUGGCCCGGUUUGGCCCUGACUUUACCCACUUAUGUUACUCUUGAAGGUGUCUUUGCCACAAUGUGAAUAAACUGCCACCUUUUGGAACAGGGGCUCAUACGAAAGUCUGCAUUCCCACCUUUUCUUGAAACGGAUCUACGUUCUGCAGCUGUGCCACCGUCCUGGGAUCAGGUCCUGUCGCUGGGAAUCAGGGGCACGAGUGGAGGCCCCCCACCAUGCCCUUUUACAUUCAGGGAUUGAGCUGAACUCACUUUGGGGGAGGCCUGGCGAGGGUGACGGGUCACAGACGGAAGGAUGGAGAAUGGAGAGGCGGACACCCUGCUCGGUCCUCCCUAGGUGGAGUCAGGCACAUGAAGGCCGGCCAGCCCACCCCACAAUUGGGUGAGAUAGCAUCCUCUGUCCGCCUCUCCCCUGUGGGCCUGGUCACUCCCUUCUGCUCUAGGGAGCCCUCUGGGUUCCAUGACAGCGCGCUCUGCCCUCACGUGCUGCUCGCCCUAAACAAGAAGGAAGAGAGCAGUUGGCCCACAGAUGACUACACAGAGAUCCGCAGCCACCACAGAGCCCAGCUCCCGUGCACGUUAGGGCCGCCUGUGAAGUGAGGCCUGUGGCGGCCUGGUGUUGGUCUCCAGAGCACUUGGAUUUUGUUACCAUGUGGGUGACCUUCUUCUUGAACCCUCGGCCUGUUAGAUUUCCCUCAUUCAUGUGUUAUUGUACCUGUGCACCCGUCUGGGUUGAUAACCGGGACAUUGUGUGAAAUUAUCUAUUUUCUGCUUUCAAUCUAUUUACAGUGGGGUUUCAUCCUCCGCAGUGAUGUAGAUCCACUUCUGAUUAUGGAAUAAACAGUUGAAGUAUCCGGUG